AUGCAACGUCUGGCCUUGCGCCUGCGGUCCUCGCCUCUCCCACGCCCACAACCUCCCACAUAUUCACACACGCUACGAUCAAUACCGCCAUCAACAACCCCUCGACUCAUCCCGCGAACCCAUCAUCGCCGAAUCUCCUACCGACAACCGCACAGCCAACAACACCAUGAACCCAUCCCCUUCCAACCCGUGCGCUUCCAAAAGCCGGGCAUCUUCACGCGGAAACGACAGAUGACCCUCGCCCUCUACAUCUUCGCCUGCAUGGUCUUGUUCAAGCAGAUGAGUCAAUACGUCACCAUCGAUGUUGAAGUUCAAGACGCGGACCGGGACAAGGAGGAGAAGAAGGACGGCGGCGCAAAGGGUGUGCUCAGCGACGAGGACGACGAUGACGAGGAAUACACCUUCAUCCCCCUCACAUGGGGUAAGAAGUUGCCCCGAGAAUUCUACAGAGGCAGCGAUCCCGAAUGGCAGGAAUUCGUCAAGGUCGCAAAGGACAAGCCGCGACAUAAGAAGAUCCAGGACGCUCUCGUGCAGCAGGUUUUUGCGGGCUCGCAGAAACAUCCGGGAGUGGUGCAGCAUCUAGGCAAGGACUUGAAGGUGGGAAAGUAUUGGCUGGACAUCUCCUUUCCCGACGGUCCACCACAAGAGUACGAGCGCUAUGGCUUGGAGAUUGGUGAGUCCGCGAUCCACUGGUCUGCCGAACGAAUCACACCCGAAGAACAAUUCCGUCUCCAACGUGCCCUCUGGCCCGCAGCCGUCUUCCGCGCUACAUGGGCCGCUUCAAAAGCCGUGGCAGGCAUUCAAUAUCGUCGAAUCAAACAGUCGUUGGGAGUGGAAGGCGUGGACCCGUUCAGUCCCGAAGAACGACUCCGUCUGGCGUUGGAAGUGGCCGAACAGCAACAGGCCGCCAAGAACCAAAAAGGCCGUCGAGGAAGCGGUGACAUCGAUCCCGCCGGAGCAGUAGUUAGCAGAUCCUCCCCCACGGACACCGCAGAAGCCUCCGACGAAGCCAAGAAGCGAUUUCCCUGGCAAAUCCAAGUCCCCAUGCCCUCGUUCGACAACACCCGAGGACAAUCCAUGGACUUGCCCAUCUUCUCCAUCGUUUUCCAAACCACCCUCAACAAACACUGGGCGCCCAAGAAAAUGGAACCUCCGCGAGGGAGCUUUGUCGUUCAGGGAAUGAUGGAGGUGCGGGGAAGCAAAGGGCAGAUUCUGUUUGAUGUCCGGGGGUGUUACGAUCCCAAGGAGGCGAAAUUCGUCAUGGUGCAGGCCAACAAGAGAGGGUUCAAGUUGUGGAAUCAGAGGCCCAAGGGCGGGCCGUGA